AUGCGGCUGCUCUCCGGCCGCUCCUCGGUGAUCGGGGAACUGCUGCGGAACACCGGCGACUUCAUGCGCUCGCGCUGCGAGGAGACCUGCAAGACGGUGUUCGCCUACCGCUCGCACAGGCACCUGCUCGUGCAGAAGGCGGCCAUCCAAUUGCUGCCCCAGCUCGCGCUCUUCUACCCCGACCACUUCACGCAGCAGUGGCUGGAGCCCUGCAUGGCACAUCUCGUCAGCGUCCUGAAGGCAGCAGGCGAUCAUUACGGCGUGGCCUUCGCGGCGGUGGGGGAGAUCUCGCUGGCCGUCGGCCAGGCCAUCAUGCCUUACACACCGCAGAUCAUCGAAUUGGUCAACAUGGCGCUUCCAUCUCAGGCGAAAUGGCGCAAGCAGGGGGCAGACAACACCAACGAGGCGUUGCGGUGCGUCUCCAAGCUUGCCAAGGCCGUGGGGCCCAGCCUCGCGCCGCAGAUAGAGACGCUCGUCGACCAGAUGUUCGAGGCCGGCCUGUCGCAGCCCUUGCUCGACGUGCUCGGGGACCUGGCGCGCUCGACGCCGUCACUGCUGCCGGCGGUGCAGACGAAGCUGCUCAGCUGCAUCGCCUCCGUGCUGACCGUGCCGCAGAGGGCCGACGCGGCGCCUGGGGACGAGGCCGCCGAGGCGCUGGCCCUCGCCGCGCUCGGAUGCUUCGGCGCCGGGGACCCGCGCGCCCGGGACGUGGUCAGCACGGCCGUGGUCCAGUACUUCGACCACCCCACCGCUGCGAUCCGCCGCGAGGCGGCCCUCACCGUCACCCGGCUGCUGCUACCCUCCCGGGAGCAUGCCGCCGCCGGGGCGCCGGGGGGCGCGCCGCAGUGGGCCGGUGCCGAGCACGGAGGAGGCCUGGGUCACGACGGCGCCCCCGCCGCCCAGCGCGCGUCCCGAGCGCACGGCUUCUCGCAGCGCGUGGUGCUGUGCCGCACGCACCAGCUGACCGCCGUGGCGGGCCUGCUGCGCCACACGCUCAUGUUCGCGGCCUCGGAGCCAGACAAGGUCACGCGGGAGCGCGUGUCCAGAGCUUCGACUCGCGCUACGACCCGUUCCUAUGCGAGCCGGGCUGCGUGUCGCUCCUGGCGCAGGCCCUGCACGACGAGGCCCUGCCCGUCCGCCAGGCCGUGGCGCGCAUCAUGGGCCGCCUGGAGCGCCACAACCCCUCGCACGUGGUGCCCGCGCUGCGGAGGCUUCUGCUCAGGCUCAUGA